AUGGUAACGACGACGAAAAGUAAUAUUGCCCAUAUCUCAUAUCUCACGAAAUAUUCACCAAUCACAGCAUUCGGUAUAUUUGAUGGUCAUAAUGGACCAGAAGUCGCUGAACACUGUUCACAUCUUACACCAUAUUUACUCAGUAUUGAAUUACAAAGACAUUUAUUCUCUGACUUCUAUUCAUCAUUUAAUGGAAGUUCUACUACCAAGUCUAUACCAAAUAUUUUAUCUGAAGCCUUUCAUCGAUUAAAUCAAUCAACUAAUCACGGAAGGUUAAGAAAGUAG